UGAUCCCAUAUUAUUUGACAUAUGUGAUUUUGAAUCUCCUUCUGAAGUGUAUCCUAUACCGUUACUUCUAUUCAUCUACUUUUUCAGUUGCUUUUCUCCUCAUUUUCCAACCACAAGUACUUGGCACUUUACACUUUACACUUGGGCAUUGGCGGCGGUGAUGAUAGUGGUGGUAGUGAUGCCAGUCAGGCUGCUUUGGUCGCCUUCUAGCGUCACCUCCUACCCACCCCCCCAAGCUACCUGCCUAACCUACCUUGCAAUCUGCACCCACUGCCACCGCCUGUAGAUCUCCUUCGCCAUAGGCGCGGAGACGAGGUGCAUUGGUGGCUGUUGCAGCUACACAAAAAACCUGUGACUCUUCCGCUGAAAGCCGCUAUAUGACAUGGUUUGCACACUUCCCGGUCCUGUAUCCGCUUGUGGGACACGAAUGUUAUACAACCAAGAUUCUAGUAUCUCUUCUUUGACGAUAGAAACCCCUCCUCAGCCGCCUUCUGUACUUGGCGGCUUCUCUGCGCCUUUGCUCAAUAGCAACACUACAACGGGGUACUCCCCUGAUACGGGAUCUUUCUAUUCCCCAGCCUCACAAAUAUUUUCUGGGAUAGACGUCAGGCAACCACGCCUGGGUUCUAAUAGCACUUCAUCCACGGGCAUGGCACAUGCCAAUCGCCCCACUGCGCUACCAACUCCAGCAUACAACGUUAGAGAGCUCUACUCCGGACCGAGUCCAUCCUUCAGAAGGGCAGGGGAGCAUACAAGAUCACCUUCGUUUGCAACGCCGUUGCGACGCCUUCCUCUAUCGCCAACUCCUAGUCCUAGCAUCGGCUUUACGAGUCCCGUCAGAAUGGAUGCUAGUCAGUACGGCAAAGCUACGGGAUCACAUAUCCCACCGUUGUUGACUAUGACUUCCAAUGGUCAGCUAUCUCACAGUGACUCUGCCACACCCAUCAAGAUCGAUAUUCAUGGGACCAUUGACAAGGGAUUCUUUAUGUCGGAAGGGGACUGGACAUGCUACAGGAGGAACUAUUUCUCUUGUAUCUGUUCUUACAGUUUAACCCCAUAUUAUCCCAACAGCACAAUGCAGUAUGUUCCUAAUGGAUCAUCUACAUCGUAUCAGGUAUUUGGGUUUGCCAUGAGCAUUUCCGCAGUCGUCUCAGACAGCGAUUCACACACUAUCGAUUUAGUACAGCAUACACCAAAGAGAGACAAGGGUCCAGUACAAAAACCCGAAAAGGUGAGACUCACUCCAAAGCAACCCCAACAAACGCCACACCCGCUUCUCUACCAGGACCAUCAUAGCAUGUCUGGUGGAUCUCGGCCAUUGUACGAAGCCGGUUAUGGGCAAAGCACCCAAGGAUCAUACCCAAGCGAGCAUACGUUUGAAAGGAUCCAAUUCAAACAAGCGACUGCGAACAACGGCAAACGGAGAGCGGCCCAGCAGUAUUAUCAUUUGGUGGUUGAAUUGUAUGCGGACGUCGGCAACCAAGCACAAGAUCAGUUCCUGAAAAUUGCGCAGCGAAAAUCGGCGAAGAUGAUAGUACGUGGUCGAUCCCCCGGCCAUUACCAGACAGAACGGCGCGGCAGUACUAGUAGCGGACCUGGCGGACAAGGCGGGAUGGGCUAUCCCGGAUCUCAAGUUCUUGGAUCAGAGUACGGCACAGGUGGUGGAUCUUCAUUGCUCUCUGGCUCGUAUACUGGUGGUGGGGGGUACGAUACUCGGCCAGGGCAUUACGGGGCAACGCGACACCACGAAUUGCCAAUGGAGCCAAUCAUACCGACAGAAGACGCGAAGGCCAUUGACAAUGCUAAAGAGUACCAAUAUUAUCCAUCGACGAUAUAUGAGGGUACCGAUUCAAGACAGGGCGUUGAGAUGUUUUCCCACCGAAGCGAACCGGAGAAUUUAAUGCCUUCGGCGCCCGCAACGGUCGACCCGACGACUUCAAAGGUCAAGCACGAAUACGAAGGCACCCUCCCUAGCAUCUUCUACAAUCCCGGGAGUUCCUACUACCCUCGCAACUGCAGCCGAUUUGAAGGUAAACAGACCUCAACGGGGUACUACCCAACGAUGCCGGCUAUGCUCCCCCAGUCCGGUUGAGGAAAGCGCAGGACUCAAACGAUAAAUGUGGUUCGAAUAUGAACUGGCUUAUCUACGCGGCAUGGUCGGUUGAAUUUUUUGUAAUCGC